AUGUCCCAGGCCAAUCCACUACCUGCUGGUUGGAAAGAAUACCACACCCCUGAGGGGAAGCCGUAUUAUCACUGUGCCGCAAGAGGCAUCACACAGUGGGAGAGGCCGACUGAAGGGGAGCCUCAAAUGAGCGACUUAUUCCAAUCUGACGGGGAGAAAUCUAGUGGCACUCCCGAUUCCACUGCCAGCGCUCGAGAUGAUACGUCAGCGGACAUGCGUUUGAACGAUAGGCCUAACACCACUACGACUGUGAACCUGUCGGGCACACCGCAGCAGAAUAAACAACAACAACAAAAGCAAACUCAACCUCGGCCUGAUGGAUCUAUGGGCCGGGGAGUCGAGCAGUUCGAGAUCGGCAAUGCUAGGAGCGUGGUCAGCAAUGCUGGCACGAGUCGGUUUGGUCCCCCAUCAUUCGCCUCGAAUACCUCCCAAAACUUGAUAGGGGGCGCUGUUGGAGUAUUGGGCCGAUUCCAGGGCAUACGCGGCGUUGGACAAUACUUCAAAGCAGAUCCAGAGACAGUGUCGUCCAGGCUACGUCAAGGGGUGUCGAUGGGCAUGGGCAGCGGCCCUAACCGGUCCCUUAUGGAGCACCCUGAUUUUGUUGGGCCUAGCAUAAUCCUACUCCUAUCCGUCCUGGCCAUGGCUAUUGUGACGAUGAUUACCAAUGUGUCCUUGUCCACUCCCGUAGCGGUGUUCAUGUCGGGGUCUAUGAUGAUGAUAAGCGGCAUGACUGGCGUACCGCUCCUCAUAAUAAUCUUCCAGCGAUACUUGGGUGCUACUGAUCCCAACUCCAGGUACUAUGCCCCAUCCCUAGGGGCACCCGUCCCAGGCCCCGAGGAUGCCAAACCCCUCGAGUACGCCCCUUUGGUCUCGGCUUAUAGGCAAGUCCACCUCGGCCUAUUCACUACGAGCAUUCGCCCCCGCAGUUACUCUUUGGCGCCGAUGCCCCUGGCGACAGUGGCCAGCCUCCUCCUCGGCAACUUCUCCUUCCUGGCUGGUGCUGGUGCCAGUAUUGCUUACCUUAAUACCCAUCUUGGCCCCCCUCUGGCCAACGCCUUCGGCCGUUCCCGUAUUGGUUCCCUCACCAUCAUCGUCGGCACUAUCAUCCUCUACUGGCUGAUUAUGUCCCUUAUGUGGUGA